AUAGUAGUUGUAGCGUAUAAUUCGUAUUUUUAUAAAUCGACAACGGUCAAACGUUUCGUAUACGGUGGACGGUUUGAGAAACACAUGGAUUUGAAAUGCAGUGGAUGACGAUCGGGCUUGAUGUGAUUGUUCGGUAAUUGGUAAACAAGUUGUUUCGCCGAUUGUCAACCGAUUGUUAAACAUCUAACUGUUGAUUGAAUUUUUAUGAAAUGAGUAAAGCGACGGACGAUGACGAGCGUAGGAGACGCUCGUUGGAAGCGGGUAGAGAAAUGCUGGAGAGAUUCAAGGCAGAAAAGGCUAUCAAAGCUCAAGGUGCGAGUCACAGUCAAAUGGACGAGAUAUCGGAUGAAGAGUCAUUCCGUAAUGACAAAUCUAUCGAGCACAGAAAGUCUUACACACAGGAGGGAAUUUCCUCGAGGGAUGUGACGCAAAGUAGCGUCAGUAUGAGCGAGGGAGAAGCAGAUGGAGACUUAGAAGGCCUUGCGGGAAGAGUGGCACAAUUGGAAGAGUUGUUACAAGGGAAAGAAGCCAUAGUGGAAGCUUUAAAUGCAGAGAUUGAUCACUUGAGGGCAGAGGCUUCAUCUCCAAAUUCUUCACAAAGUCAGAGUAGUAGUGUACAUACCAGAGAUGUUGUGUCUUUGUAUCAUACAAAACUGCAAGAGUUUGAAAAAGCAGUGACUCAAAGAGAUACUCUUAUAGAAGAUCUAAUGUUUUCUUUGCAACAUGCCCUAUCUGCGAGGGAUAAUCUUGUUAGUCAGUUAAAUGCUAUGAAUGCUAUGGAAAUACCCUGUAAAGAUAAUGCUGGUGCUUCAGUUGGUGGGAAUUUGGAAGAAAAGAUUGAUACUUUAGAGAAGACUGUAAAUGAUCAAAAAUCAAUAAUACAAAAGUUAAGUAGUCAAUUGAGUCAAAAUCAAGAAUACAUACAAACAUUGGAAAUGGAGAAAGAGACUCGAACAGCUGAGAUUAACGAUUACAAGUUACAAAUUCACAAUUUGAAUGAGCAGGUCCAUCUAAAUGCAACUGAUAAAAAUUUAAACAUCGCCGAGACUUUGGAGCAACAGAAGCAAUAUGAAGCCCGCGUAGACAAGAUAAAGCAGGAUAUGCAGCAUAUAUUAAAAAAGUUUACAAGUGAAACGAAUAUAAAUACUGCGCGUCACCAACAGGAACUAAAGGAGCAAGCUGCAAAGCACGAGAAGGAGAUAAUGAACAUCCAAGAAAAAUACGAAGAACAUCUAAAGCAACUGAAAGAGGAAAAUAAGACUCUGGCUGAUCGUUUGAACAAAGAACUGCCAGAUCUGGAAACUCGUCACGCCAAAGAACUCUCCAUAUUUCAAACGCAAUUGUCUCACUAUAAGAAAACUGUGGAGGCUCUGAAACUGGAGUUAAUGAACCGCUCCGAGUCCCAACAAACUGCUCAAGCUGAAUUGGACGAGUGUAAGUCAAGAUUCGAUGAAUUUAAAAUACAGGUGGAAAAGGCUAGACAGAUUCAGAAUCUAAGUCAUCAGAAGGAAAAAGAGAUGUUAGGCGAACAGAUCAAUUUGCACAAGCUUCAGUUGGAAGACAUCACGUCAAAGUAUAUUGCAGCGACUGCGGUUCUGGAGUCAAAGGAGAGCAUUGAACGUUCAUUGGAGCAGGCCUUGACAAACGCUACCACGUUGAAAGAAGAGAAUGAGAAUCUAAAGUUUAAACUCGAUGAUCUGUCAUCACGAUACUCGGCAGCACAAUCGUUAAUAGAAAAUAGCCAGUCUCACGAAAAAACUUUGAGUAAUAAAAUUUAUGAUUUAGAGAAAUCAUUGUCCAGACUUAGUGGCAUAAAUAUUAGUACUCUAAGUGAGCUGAACGAGACUACGUAUCAGACUUUUGACGAAGUGGCGAUUCAGUUUCAAUUAACGAAGCAAAAGCUUGAGGAAAAGGCAGAGUUGGAAAAACUUCUGACUCAGCGAAUUGAAAAUCUUGAAGAGAAUGUUCGUAAAUCGAAAGAAGAAAUGCAACAGGCAAAUAUCACCAAAAAAUUGUAUGAGAAGCAGCUUAAGGAUAUGAAGAACGUAUGUGAUAAAUACAAAUCCGAGCUGAGUUCCUUGAAAAAGAAUGAUUUGGAUGAUCAGAAUAUCUCGUCACUGGAAGAAAACAAAUCGUCUAGUCAGAGUAUGAAAGAUACUGUCAUUGAUUUGCUGUACAAAACUGAAAUGGAUCAACAGGAAAUUAAGAAGCUUAAAAUAACUCUUGAACAGAAGGAGGUAGAACUCACAGAAUGCAUUCACAAAAUGUAUGUUCUAACGGACAAAUUAAAGAAAUCUGAGGAGGAGUGCGAACAGUUAAAAACCGGACUAGUCACAGCAUGGGCCCAGUGUGCUGAGAUAGAAGAGAAGUUGAAUCAAACGUUAGCAUUAAACGAUACUAAAUUCGAUAUCUCUGUGGCAUCACCCAACUCCAGCAGUGCCUUAAUGAAACAGCUUAAGCCGGAUAGGAUUGCCAAUGAUUCUGUAAACAUAACGCAUGAUAAAAGCAUGGAUACAAAUAGAACGUCCGACGAGAAAAAUGAAAAUCUUGACAUUAGUAAUAGAGCAGCGUCGCUGCAAGAAAAGUUAAUGUUUAUAUUGGAAGAGAAUGAACGAUUGCUAAAAGAAGUGGAACGUUUGAUGCGCCAGCAAGCAGAUUAUGAAGAGAUCAAAAGCAAAUUAAAACACUACGUCAGUCUUUCAGAAAGUCUUACCAUAGAGAAGGAACAGAAGAACGAAGAAAAUAAGACUUUGAAAAAGAAGUUGGAGAACAUCCAUACGCUGCAAGAUUCUGUGAAUCAGUUGAGAUCAGAAAAGGAAACAUUGCGUAAAGAGAUCGAAGCGGUGAUCCAAACUUAUACCGAGCAAAUAAGUACUAUAAAAGCCGAUACUACGUCUGAGAUUGAAAAGGUACAAUCGUUAUUUUUGGGCAUGAAAGAAGGCACGACACAGCUCAAUGAUCUCAGAAACGAACUGGAAAUGCGUCACACGAAGGAAAUGGAGGAGCUACGCAUGUACUUCGAACGAAAAUGUUUACUGAUGGAAAAGCAAUACUCUGAGGAAAUAUUUAGCCAGCAAUCGAAAAGGAUGUCAGACAAUGACAGUGAAAUAGCGGACAUAACUGAGGGCUUGUACUAUGGAGGUGCUGGUGAUUGUUUGAACGCGAAUAUGUCCGAACAUAGUUCGAGACUUGGUUCUCCCAUAGCGGACGAACAAUCUAGGCACACUGGCCAGAAUUUGAGUAGUUACAAGUCCGAAAUGGAAUAUGAAAUAAACAUCAAGACGUUGCAACAAGAAUUGCAAAACAAGAUAGUGGAGAUGCAGGAGAUGAAACUGCAAUAUGAAAAAUCUUUGGAGGAACAAAAGAACAUGUACGAAAGGGAACUUCAUAAUAGUAAAGUCAAAGAAAAACACGACUUGUUGAGAGAUAUGAUAAAUCAGCAUUGUCAAACAGAAUGGGAUGCGGGUGCGUUGGAAAACGGUGAAUUAACGCAACUGCGAGCAGCCUACAACCAUCAAUUGGAAGAACAGAUCGCGCUAGCUAAGUUGGAUAUUGUCAAUGCGCUUCAAGAACAAAUUCAGGCACUACUGACGGUCGAGUCGGAUGCAGAGGACAAUUGGCCGGUAGAAUUGCUGGAAUUACGAGAUAAAUUAACUGGUAAUGCGAAAAAGGAAAUGCAGCUACUCAAAAAGUCUCACACGGAGGAAGUGCAACGUUUGAAAGAAGAACAUUCUCGAAAUGUAGCUAGAAUGAUUGACCGUCAUCAGGAGGAACUUAAUAAAAUUAAGUCAGAGUGUGUUCAGAAUUACAGCGUGAAACGAGAUUCUGACAGAGACACUGAUAAUCAAGCUUUUGAAGAAAGGAACACCUUAACUAAAACAUGUAUCACUCUUAAAACACUGAUUGAGGAACUGAUAAAAUAUUUCAUUAUCUGCGAAGAGGAAGUUAAUAAUACUUUUAUUACCGAAGUUGUUAGAAGACAAUUAUCUGAUAGUAUCAAUAACGAGGAAACUGUGCAGAGUGAUAAGUCAAGAAAAAACCAAGAGGCUGGCUUGAUGAAUUCUUCUGAGAUGAGAGUUCAAAGAGUCCAUCUUGCACCAAAAACUGCAGAGAUAGCUUCUAUAAUAAAUAGCAACGUCGAAACUUUGCCAACCAUUUUGGAAGAAGAUGAGAGCAUAACAGAAAGAUUGAAGCUAGAAUUGAACAGCUGUAUACAUCGCUUGAAGUCUGAAAGUUCUGAAAUUCUUACUAUUUCUUCAUCGACAAGAGAAGGAAGACGUGAUUCACCUUUGAAAGAUACUCUUUGGUUAAAUAGAAUGAACGAAGAGCUGAAUUUGAAACUUCAUGAUACUGAAACUUUAGUCAUUGGCUAUCAAGAGCAGAUUAAUCAUCUGAAAAUGACUAUUUUAGAUCUACAAAGCAAGUUAAUUAACGCAGAAAAUAAAAAAGAGACGAUCACGGAAGGUUACGGAGAGAAUUAUGAUUUAGGUACUGACAUUACUUUGCAAGAUUUCUCACAACUGCAAGAGAAAGUGAGGCAUGUGUUGUCGAAUGGAGGAGGAGAUUGCGCAGAAUUGCUGCAACUGAUAGAUGAAUUGUCUAGAUUGACUGAAAAAUUGAUGGAAGAGUCAAGAAAGGAGAAGGAAGAUUUGCAGCAACAGCAGGUGCCUUUAGAACAUACUCCCACCCCAUACAUUCACAGGGUUUGUCACCGAAAGAUUGAAGCAGCAGAUAAGCAAUUAAAAGCAACUCGCAGAUUUCUGGAUGAGCAGGCUAGCGAAAGAGAAACUGAGAGAGAUGAAGCAACAAAACAAAUACAUGUUCUGCAGGAACAACUUAAAGAGCGUGAACGAGAAAAAGAACGGGACCAACGGAUUACUUCUGAGCAGUCCACAUUAUCACCUGAAGCAACAUCAGACAUCCCUGUGCUUCAAGCAUCUGACAUCAAUGCAGCUGUGGAAAUUUUGGAAUCUCAAAUGAGAGAGAUGUCCUCUCUUAUGUCUGACACGGAGGCCAAAAAAUUUGAAACCGAGAGUGAACUUAAAGCAGCUAUUGACAAGAUUUGGGUACUUAGAGAAAUCAUCACAGAUUUGGAACAACAGCUACAGAUCAAAACUGAGAAGGAAGAAUCAUUGCAGUUGCAAAUUAAUCAGUUAGAAACUGUAAUCGCCGCGCAAACUAAAAAUCAGCAUGAAUUGGUCCAGGAAUUGGAUGCUGUUAAGAUGGGUAGUGAAAGCAAACAGCUGAAUGAACAUAUUAUUCACUUACAGGAAGAACUAAGAAAACACAAAUUAAGUUCUGAACAAUUCAAUGUGAAUUCUGCGGCAUUGAAGCAGAUGAAGACAGAACUCCGCGAUAUGCAAAAUCAAUUAGAUAAAAGAAUCAAAGAACUAGAAUCUGCUCACAUGUGCAGUUCUAAUUUGAGCUUGAGUCAACCGAGCGAAGAUGUCUCCAUUAGAGAACAAAUAGACGCUACCCGAUGCCCUACUCCUGACGAUCCCACUGCUCCUCCAAUGUUACCUCUUGAUCAACUACUUAAACUCAAGGAGAAAAUGUUAAAACACGCCAGAGUCGAGGAGGUGGCGUUCAAAAGAAUCAAGGAUUUAGAACUUCAAGUGACUGCUCUCAAAAACCAGAACGAGGAAUUACAGGCAGAACAGGAAAUUCUUCAACAAACAGCUUCCGAGCAGCUGUUCCAAAUAGAAGCGAUGCGCGGUAGGCUGGAGCAACAUAAGCAAAGCGCCCCAUUUGCUCAGAGACAGGCCACGUCACGCCUAGAGUUACAACUUCACGAAGCUAACGCUAAAUUUCAGUCUUUGGAACGAAAUAUUGCUGACAAAGAAUUAGAAUUAAAGGAUACGAAGAAUCAACUGGACAGAGUUAAUCAAUUAUUACAAGAAAAGGAAGCAGAGAUUGCAAAUGUAGUUGAAGUAGAAAGUGCUACCAUUCAAAAGUUGAAAGAGCACCUGGAAAUUGUUGAAGAAGAAAAAAAAAUUCUUCAGGCGAAGGUUGGUGUUCAGGAGCAUGCACAGAUAGAAUUACCAAAGUUGUUGGACAGUAUGUUAGCAGACAAGAAUGAAGAGAUAGAUCACUUGAAGGAACAAUUAUUCAAAAAGGAAAAACAACUUGAGAUGUAUUCUUCGUUGAAUUUGGACGAAACGCAGUUAAGGGAGUUAGCACGACAGACAGAGACAAAGAACAGUGCACGCACAUUGAGUGAUAUUCUAUCGAUUCACUCAGAAUGUGAAGAGACCGCGGAAGCUAUCAGAGGGUCCAAUACAACGCAGAAUUUGCCUAAUGUAUCUAGUUUCAAAGUUUCUACUCCACCUGCUGCAAAAAGUAUAGAUGAUUCAACUGUGCCUUUAAUGGACAGCACUAAGAUGAUUCAGGUUCCUCCUCUGGAUCUUGGUUCUCAAAGUCUAUCUGCAACUUCUAGUUCGCAAUCUGGAGUUUUAGACUUAUUGCAGAGUGGCUUGGAGUCGAAAACUUCCACGUCGGAGAAUCUUUCUAGCGAUAAAACUGACCAUGCUGCUCAGCUGACAAAACAACAGUACACUCAAACGCAAGAAUCUCCAAGAAGAGAACGUGUAGAUGAUAGUAAUAGUAAUAGAUCUUACGAUGUUUCAAUGAAAUAUACUCAGACGUCUUUUAAUGAAACUUUGAAGGAGAUAGAGAAUUUAGAGAAUCAAUUAGAGGCAGUGAAAGAGGAAUUAGACAUGAAAUCAGCAAUUUUGAAUAAAACGGAAACGGACUUAAUAGCUUUGCAGAAAUUUUACAAUGAAUCGCAAAUGGAAUUCAAGGACGUAGUGGAGACACUUUCCAGAGACAAGUGCUUCUAUCAGAAUCAAUAUGAAUUAUCACGAGUAUCGGAAAAUAAAAUAAAAAAAGAUCUCCAAGAAGUAGAAAAUGUUCUAAAGUUAAGGAACGAAGAGAUGCAAGAUCACAGGAACAAGAUGCAAGUAAAUGAAAAAAUUAUAAUGGAACUGAAUUUAGAGAAUACUAAGUUGAAAAGAGAUAUUGAGGAGAAGGAACAAGAAUUGGAACAGACAAGAAAGUAUAGUAUUCUGCUUAAGGAAAAAAUAAGUGAAUUACAGAAUUUCAGAGAUACAAUUCUCGAGAAAGAUAUCACUAUAGAAACUAUUCGAACUCGUAAUAUUGAGAUCGAAAAUGAGAACAAACAGUUAUAUGAAUUCAAGACAAAAUAUCAGUCAGCUAAACAAGAGUUAUUGGAAUGUCAAAAUGAAAUUCAAAGGUUGACGGAUGGCCUAAACAAUAGAGAUCAGAUUAUCAGAAGAUUGGAGGAAAUGGCCAGACGCACUAGCCUCUCAGGAACAUCCUCACCUUCCAAUGAAAAGGAUCAAGAGAUUCAUCAUCUGCAGGAAUACUUAAAAGAGAAAGAUAAAGUAAUUAGACAAAUGAGUGAUGAUAGCAAAAGUUUGCACACGGCUCUGGAAGCUAUACAAAACAAAAUGAAAGAAUCUGGAAAUGUUGUGGAUUUGAGAAAGAAGUUGAAGGAUGAAAAAAAGUUAAAUGCUGAGCUGAGAAACAUUGUGGAUAAUCUAAGCAAAGAGUUGUCUACGUUGAAGAAGACAUCAGCACAACGAUCGCAAGAUGAUACUGACAUCGAAGAUAUGCUGCAAAGAGAGUUAAAUUUGUCAGCACAUUUGGAUAGACAGAUUAUGAACGCCAUAGAAAGUGAUGCAGAAGAUAAGAAAAAGACAAAAAGACAAACUUCUUAUCAGGAUAUCCAAGAAGAAAGAUGCAUGGAUCUGGAUUUCAAAUUGACUCAAGCUAAUAAGAUUAAUGAAGAAUUGAAAAAAUUAAAGGAUGAUUUGGAAAUAGAAAGAGGGAUGCUCAAAUGCCAAAUAGCAGAAUACGAAGGUCGUAUCUUCCAACUGAAAUCAGAUUUAGCAGAAGAAUCGAAGAAAGUGACAAAACUGGAUGAAGAAUUAUCUUCAGAAAAGAAUUUAGUAAGAAAAUUAAAGAUCCAAUUUGAAAAAGAGUUUAAAGCAAUGCAAGCUGGGCAUAUACAAAAUUCAGACCUAAUAGAGUACCUCCAAAGUAAGUUGAAGAGUUCUCUAGACAACGAGACUAAGCUUAGAAAUGAAUUAUCCUUGCUACGAGAAGAGUAUAAGAAUUUAGAGAUUCAAUUGAGUUUGAUAAAGGAUCACGUAGAGUCCCAGAAAGCCGAUGACUUGCCAAAGUUGACAAAGCUUUUAGAAACUGAGAGAAAGAAGUACGUAUCGCUAAUGGAGAAUUUCGAAAAGGAAAGAAAAGAAAAUGCAGAACUGAAGGAUGCUUUAAGAAAAUUACAGAUGGAGAAGAAUCGUUGCGAAAAGCAACUGGAAGUGGAAUUAGAGAAAGAAGAGAACUUGAAAAGUAAUUUGAUGUUGAUAGAAGGAAACAAUGAUCAUCUGCAAAUUGAUCUCAGGCGUAUCAAAGAAGAACUAAAAAUGCGACAAGAAGAAUGCGAAUGGUUACAAAAAAGGAUUAAAACUAUGUCUGAUGCGGAGACUAAGAGACAAGAACAAAAAAGCACUGAACAUAAUGAGCUUAAAAAUUUGAGAAGAGAAACCAAUAAUGCCAGAGAAGUGAUAAUGGAUUUGGAGGCUGAUAUGAAGCAAUCAAAGAGGGAAUUGACGGAGUCUAUUGAACGGGAAAUGAAAUUAACUGAGACUGUAGAGACUCUUAAAGAAAGAGAAAAUGAUCUACUUAAAAAAUUGUCUGCUUUCAAAGACGAAGAGAAGAAGUUGAAAAAUGUAAUCGCUGAGUUAGAGCAAGAAGUAAAAUCGUGUACAAGAAGAGAAUUGCAACUUACAAAGGAAUUAAAAAAUAGAUUUACAAACGAGGACGUACCUACCAAAUACAUGCAAAAGAUUAAAGAUCUUAGUGAAAUUAAUGAAAAAUACAUGACAGAAAAGACUGUACUUCAGGAGAAAUUGAUACAAGCAAAGGAAGAGAAGGAGCAAUUGAUUCAACGAAUUAAAUUACUCGAAGAUGAAAUAAAACGAAUUAAAACGUCUCAAGUUUUAAACUUCAAGUUCUCAGAACACCUAGAAAAGCUGCAACAUUUUUAUGGGAAGUUCUUGCGAGCAGAUAGCAGACGAAAGGCCCUAAUUUAUCAGAAACGCUACUUGCUAACUAUAGUUGGUAGCUAUCAAGUGUCCGAAGAAAAUAUUCUGUGCGUACUCGCUCAAUUGACCAAAGACCAACGAUCCUACAUUGCGAUAGGUCGCAACAAGAAAUCGCCAAGAGUUCGUUUUAGAAGUGCGGUGCUCGUUUUGGUCAGUAUCCACAGAAUGAAGUGGCUAAUCUUGAGAUGGAACACUGGUAAACGAAUUGGUGUAAAGACGUUAGUAUGGAAUACAGAACAGUCUUUCUUGCCGAUUCAGAAAACCACUAUGAACCAUUCGCCUCCUGUCCGAGAGAAGGCUACCUCAAAUGGGGACGGAUUUAUGCUUGAACAGUAUUUCGAGCGGUUGAAGAAUAUUCAGCAGACGUUGGGUUUAGCAGUGGCGGAAGCUGGGAAUCUUCAAAUUCCAGAAUAGUAUUACAUUCUAUACCUAAGUUUUGUAAAUGUUAUAGACUGUGAUUUGAUUAUCACUGUCGCUGUUUUUUGAAUGCGGUCAUUGUUGCAUGAUCCGCAUGGGAUUGCUGUUUUCGAUUGUUGCGCCGAUCGAAAACGUGUAAAACUGGGCAUUUUUAUCAGAAAAGACGUUGUUAAAAAUUUUGAGCUUCUCUCAGCUGUAUUUUUUCUACAGACUAUAUAAAAUUAUAGAGAGUAGGAACACAUACGUGGAACACGUGUUAGAUUUCUACACCAAUUACCAGAGGAUGAUGUACCAUGUGUGCUAUAAUUUCAAUAUUAUCAUAUAUGAAUACUCGUAAGAAUUUCUAAGAGAUCGAACAAAAUGUUAUGUUAGUCCUUACAUAUUGUGUUUUACCAAAGUUAUUGAUAGUGAUAGCUAUUACUAUUACUGUAAAGAUACAAACCUGUGCCUUGUAUAUUUAAAUAAGUGUUUUAGUAUUUAUUUGUUGAUGAUGAUCUGUACGUUUUUAUAUUGUGAAUAAAACAUAGGAUGUCUUUUUUCCAGAUCGUU